AUGCCGCCCACGUCCUUAACGUCUGCACGGCUCUCUGAAGAGGAUCCUGCCCGAUUGUCGUUUGUGUCCUCAUCGACUGGCUACAGCUCGGCACGCUCCUCCCUACGUAGUUCAGAUGGAGGAGAAGACCAGCAGAAUAAUCGUGAUAGUGGCCUCGUUAGUCAUUCGUCCCUAUCGUCCUUGUCCUCAUCGCGGCGAUCAGCUUUAUUAUCGGCCGGCAGCCUAUCGCACAUCGACCGCAUUGCCAUCGAACUUUUCGAUACCGAAAAGGCUUAUGUGGACGAUUUGUACGCUGUGAUACAGGGUUAUCUGAAUUUCUUGGUUGAUCAUCGCGAUGAGCUUGGCGUGACGUUGGACGAUAUAUCGUCAUUGUUUGGUUGCAUAGAACGUAUCUAUGCUUUCAAUCGAAAACUCCUCCAACAGCUGGACAUGGCCGAUUUGGACUGCGUAAAGAUGAGCCGUUGUUUUGUCGAAAACGCUGGCAAGUUCGAAGACUACAUCGUGUACUGUACGAAUUACCAUCGAAUGAUUGCUACACUGGCGGAACUACAACAACUUCCACAUAUGGCUGCUGCUUUGGCCCAUCGUCAAACGGCACUCGGACACGCUCUUCCAUUGAGCGCAUAUCUCCUCAAACCAGUUCAACGAAUACUCAAGUAUCACUUGUUCAUCGAGGUA